AUGUCGCUGACGGCAACAACAAGAGAACAACCUGGACACGCUUCCGCGCGUGCCAGCGGCAGACCUGUCCGCCACCGCAAGCCCGUUCUCGACAAGGGACCCAAGACCAAAGGGAAGCCGUCCAAGCAAUCCAACCCAUCCACGCCCACACGGGGCAACACCAAGAAGCAGGCAUCGGCGGUGCCCGCCGCACAUGCUUCAGGCAAGAGCCCACGCCGUCGCCACAAUCGAUCCACAACAGCGACGGGCAACACAGGCAGGCACGGGGAGGCGCGCACACCACCGCAGGGCACCUCCAACGCCCGUCGACCAGGAUCAGAUCAGAGCACCCCGGCCCCGAUCCCCUUGUUUAAGCGAGCGCUUGACUUUGGGCGCCGUGACUCGCCCACGCAGGAAACCCACAUCCGCACCGAGCCGCAGCCGCAGCCGUACAAGCAGCAGCAACAGCAGCAGCAGAAGAAGAAGCAGCAGCAGCAGAAGAAGAAGCAGCAGCCGCAAGAAGGCAAGGUAUCGGCUGCAGGUGCCACACAGAUUCCGCGCCGCACCAGCAACCGCUAUCGUAACAGCGGGAUUCCAACGCCUGCCUCCGUGUCGUCGUCGUCAUCAUCAUCUUCAACGACACCCCAAGUCCCAACGCCAACGCCAACGCCAAUGCAACACAAGCAACAGAAGCACCAACGGCAACAGAAGCAGGGUGACGGCAAGGGCAACCAGCGCAAGGGAGGAAGCAAACCCGCACCACAGACGCAGCAGCAGAAGAAACAGCAGCAGAGAAAGGACAGUGCACCAACGCCACAGCACGCACAAGGGGGCGUCAAUGACAAGGACGAGGCAUUGACAUCCGUGAGUGCUGUUCCCGCCGUGACCCAAGACAAGCCCGCUAUUGUCGCUACUACUACUACUACUGCUGCUGCUGCCCCGCUCGUCAACGGGAAGGCCGACAUCAGCAAUGCGCCCAGCGUGGACAGGCAGCAGGAGAACGCGGCACCAAAACACCCCACCACCACGUCCGCCACCGCCAUCAAAGGUCGUAAUGGCAACCAGCGCCACGCGCGCGAUGGGCGCCGCCGCCAGCACCAGCCUCGUGGCCUUCCCGUAUCCAACGUGUCGAGCGUAUCUGGGGCGUCAACAGCAACGCCACCAAGAGAGGGCGCGGCCUCGGACCCACCGUCGCCCGUGAAGGUGUUCAAGUCCCCUCGCGAGGAUGGUCGUGAUCGCACUCCAAUGCACAACAAGAAGCAGCAGCAGCGGCGCCGUGGUGGCGGCAGCGGUGGCGGUAGGAGCUCGACAGGCAGUGGGCUCAGCAACAUCUCCCACAUCACCCAUCGCGGAGAAACAACCCUCGAUGACUCGGACCUCCUCCGCAUGGCGAGCUUUGAUGUCUUUUCGCCGCUCAACGAAAAGGAAUGGGGCAACAUCACCUCAGGCGCGCAUCUUGACGAUUCGCUGUCUGAGGAGCAGCUUGAGACAAUGCGACACUCGCUGGACGCGUGCUUUGAGCUCCGCCGCCGCGCCGUGCAGCAACAGGAGGAGAUUGUUACCCAGCAGAUGCACGUGCACCACCAGCUGCAGGGCGCCGUUGCACUGUUGCGCGAGAAGGGCGCGAGCGAGGAGGAGAUUACAGACGCGCUGUGCACACCGCCCGAUGUGGAUGGACAGCAGGGCAGCGACAGCGUGUUGGCGGGAAUGCACACGCCAUCGCGACACGCCGCCGCCACCACCACCAGUAGCAGCAGCAGUAGCAGCAGUGUUGUUGCUGGUGCAGCCGGUGACGAGGGUGCGGCUGCUCGAGUGACGGGAGCAGAGGCGGAGGCGAUGAAGGCGGCGGUCAGCGAAAUGCAAUUGACACUGGAUGCGCUGACGGCACAGCUGGCGGCGUCGCAGCAGACGAUUGCGGGGCUACAGGCUCGGGUACGCGCACACGAGGAGGGAGAGGAGGAUGCGAAACGUAAGCGUGACGCAGCCGUGAGGGAGGAGCUUCAAGGCGAGUUUGAACAAGAACGCAAGCAGGCACAGGAGCGAGUGGCAACAGCGCAGAAGGAGAAGGAGGAGGCUGUGAGCGCACUGCAGCAGCAGGUGGAUGCGUUGAAGAAGACGCAGAAUGAGGGCGAGAGUGCACUACAGCAACAGCUUGAUGCGCUGAAGAAGGAGAAGGAGGAGGCACAGGAGCGAGUGGCAACAGCGCAGAAGGAGAAGGAGGAGGCUGUGAGCGCACUGCAGCAGCAGGUGGAUGCGUUGAAGAAGACGCAGAGCGAGGGCGAGAGUGCACUGCAGGCACAACUUGACGCGCUGAAGAAGGAGAAGGAGGAGGCCGUGGGUGCACUGCAGGCACAACUUGAUGCGCUGAAGAAGGAGAAGGAGGAGGCACAGGAGCGAGUGGCAACAACGCAGAAGGAGAAGGAGGAGGCUGUGAGCGCACUGCAGCAGCAGGUGGAUGCGUUGAAGAAGACGCAGAGCGAGGGCGAGAGUGCACUGCAGGCACAACUUGAUGCGCUGAAGAAGGAGAAGGAGGAGGCCGUGGGUGCACUGCAGGCACAACUUGAUGCGCUGAAGAAGGAGAAGGAGGAGGCACAGGAGCGAGUGGCAACAGCGCAGAAGGAGAAGGAGGUGGCUGUGAGCGCAUUGCAGCAACAACUUGAUGCGUUGAAGAAGACGCAGAGCGAGGGCGAGAGUGCACUGCAGGCACAACUUGAUGCGCUGAAGAAGGAGAAGGAGGAGGCCGUGGGUGCACUGCGGGCACAACGUGAUGCGCUGAAGAAGGAGAAGGAGGAGGCACAGGAGCGAGUGGCAACAGCGCAGAAGGAGAAGGAGGUGGCUGUGAGCGCAUUGCAGCAACAACUUGAUGCGUUGAAGAAGACGCAGAGCGAGGGCGAGAGUGCACUGCAGGCACAACUUGAUGCGCUGAAGAAGGAGAAGGAGGAGGCACAGGAGCGAGUGGCAACCGCACAGAAGGAGAAGGAGGCGGCUGUGAGCGCACUACAGCAGCAGGUGGAUGCGUUGAAGAAGACGCAGAGCGAGGGCGAGAGUGCACUGCAGGCACAACUUGAUGCGCUGAAGAAGGAGAAGGAGGAGGCCGUGGGUGCACUGCAGGCACAACUUGAUGCGCUGAAGAAGGAGGAGGAGGAGGCCGUGGGUGCACUGCGGGCACAACGUGAUGCGCUGAAGAAGGAGAAGGAGGAGGCACAGGAGCGAGUGGCAACAGCGCAGAAGGAGAAGGAGGAGGCUGUGAGCGCACUGCAGCAGCAGGUGGAUGUGUUGAAGAAGGAGAAGGAGGAGGCCGUGGGUGCGCUGCAGGCACAACUUGAUGCGCUGAAGAAGGAGAAGGAGGAGCUCCAACAAGCGGUCGAUGCGGCGAAGAAGGGCAGCGAGGACGCAUCGAAGCAGUCUGCACAAGAGCUGGCGGCACUGAAGAAGAAGGUUGACAAGCUGACAAAGGAGAAGGACGCGCUGUCGAAGCAGCGGAAGGGCGAGGAUGCAAAGCAGGAUAAGGCACGCCAGGCCGCCAGCAAGCGGGCCGAGUCGCUUGAGAAGCAGUGCUCGCGACUCAAAGAGGAGGCGGCAGCGGCAGCGAAGCGCAUGGACGAGCAGCUGCGUGCGGCCAACCAAGAGAGCGCGGCGCUGAGGAAGCAAGUGGAGGCCACCAGGGCUGCCGACAGCGAGCACGUGCAGACCACUGAGGCGGAGAAGCAGCAACUGCAGCAGCUACUGCGGGCUUACUCCUCGGAAAAGCGCGUUGCCCAGGCCACUGUUGCCGUCCUUGCUAUUGUGAUUGCACUCAUGCUUUCCACUGUGUAUUGGGUGUAGGUGCGCUCAUCGUUGUGUGUGUGUGUGUGUGUGUGCGUUUCUUUCGGUUCCUCUGUUGCUUUCUUUGCCUGCUUACCUUAAGUUCACGCACGUUGUGGCGGCUUUACAUGCGUCCAUCUGCCUGCGUUGUCGUAUGCCAUCAAAUGCCACGGUGCACGUUUACUUCGUUGUUAUUCCAUCACGGUGGCGCAAUCAAAACAUCAAUGUCAGACCACGA